AUGGCGUUGUCCAGGGCACAGACGAGCUCCGGCGAGUCGCUCAUCUCCUCCACCUUCGCGUCGCGCUACGUGCGCACCGCGCUCCCGAGGUUCAGGAUGCCGGAGCAGUCCAUCCCCAAGGACGCGGCGUACCAGAUCAUCAACGACGAGCUGAUGCUGGACGGGAACCCGCGCCUGAACCUCGCCUCCUUCGUCACCACCUGGAUGGAGCCCGAGUGCGACAAGCUCAUCCAGGAUUCCGUCAACAAGAACUACGUCGACAUGGACGAGUACCCCGUCACCACCGAGUUCCAGAACCGGUGCGUCAACAUGAUCGCGCAUCUCUUCAACGCGCCCAUCGGCGAGGACGAGACGGCCGUCGGGGUGGGCACCGUCGGCUCCUCGGAGGCCAUCAUGCUGGCCGGGCUGGCCUUCAAGAGGAAGUGGCAGAACAAGAUGAAGGCCGAGGGCAAGCCCCACGACAAGCCCAACAUCGUCACCGGCGCAAAUGUCCAGGUGUGUUGGGAGAAAUUCGCGCGGUACUUCGAGGUAGAGCUCAAGGAGGUGAAGCUCAGGGAAGGGUACUACGUCAUGGACCCCGAGAAGGCCGUAGAGUUGGUCGACGAGAACACCAUCUGCGUCGCCGCCAUCCUCGGCUCCACACUCAACGGCGAGUUCGAGGACGUCAAGAGGCUCAACGACCUCCUCGUCGCCAAGAAUGCAGAGACAGGGUGGGACACGCCGAUUCACGUGGACGCGGCCAGCGGCGGGUUCAUCGCGCCCUUCAUCUACCCGGAGCUGGAGUGGGACUUCCGGCUGCCGCUGGUGAAGAGCAUCAACGUCAGCGGGCACAAGUACGGCCUCGUAUAUGCCGGCGUCGGGUGGGUGAUUUGGAGGAACAAGGAGGACCUGCCCGACGAGCUCAUCUUCCACAUCAACUACCUCGGCGCCGACCAGCCAACCUUCACGCUCAACUUCUCCAAAGGUACAACACCGUGCGCGUCGAUCAUUGCGCAGUAUUAUCAACUCAUCCGUCUCGGAUUCGAGGGCUACAAGGACAUCAUGCAAAAUUGCCGGGACAACGCAACGGUGCUCCGGGAGGGAGUCGAGAAGAUGGGCUACUUUCACCUGGUGUCCAAGGACUCGGGCGUGCCGCUCGUGGCCUUCUCCCUCAAGGACUCGUCCAACUACACGGUGUUCGAGGUGGUCGAGAGCCUGCGCCGCUUCGGCUGGAUUGUUCCGGCAUACACAAUGCCCGCCGACGCCGAGCACAUCGCCGUCAUGCGUGUGGUCAUCCGUGAGGACUUCAGCCGCGGCCUGGCCGAGCGCCUCAUCACCGACCUCAAGAAGGUCAUGGUGGAGAUGGACGCGCAUGCCAAGAAGCAUGGGCAUCACGAGCAUGUGAAGAAGACAGCACACCAAAUUGAGAAGGAGGUGACCACCUACUGGCGGACCUUCGUUGCGAGGAAGAAGCACAGCCUGGUUUGCUGA